CAGGAAAGCUGUGUGAGCUGAAAACCUCUCUCUCUCUCUCUCAUAUCUCCAGCCUGUGCUGAGCUCUCGCCUAGACAAGGGAACACAUUCCUGGAAGAAACAUGGCGGCGGCGGCGGCUACAGACAGCCACAUUAUCAGGGCACAGAAUGGGCUGCAAUGUUUUGCACAAAAGCUGGUGUGAGCCCCAGUAAGCAGAGGAAAAGCAGAGGAAAACUAUUAGGAGCCGACGCUAAAGUAAAAACAAGUAAAGCCGCCCCGAGAGCACACGCCCAACUGUUCCACGCAGGAACACUGAAUUACGCAGCGUCGACUUGUCUCCUGACGAUGGCGGGUACGUGCAGCGUCAUCACGCUACAGUCUCGCGAGGUGAGACUUGCGAGCUCUCUAUCCGGAAGCAGUGUGAGUGUAUUGGGAUCAGUGGCAGGAAGAUGCCGCUGCUGGUGAAUUGGCCAUUCCCUGGCCGGGCUCGUCUUGCCAGGCACGUGAGCAGCACACUUGUCACGGGACUCGUGGGCACGUACAGCUGGGCUUGGACUAAAUAUAUGAAUCGUCUCCGUGUGCACAACAAGGAGGUUCUGUACGAGCUGAUUGAGAGACGCCAUCCAGACACCCCACUCAUCACCAUAUCGAACCAUCAGUCAUGCAUGGAUGAUCCCCAUCUUUGGGGAAUCCUCAAGUUAAAGCACCUGUGGAACUUUCCCAGAAUGAGGUGGACUCCCACAGCUGCUGAUAUCUGCUUUACCCAAGAGCUUCACUCGUUGUUCUUCAGCCUGGGGAAGUGUGUACCUGUGUGUCGGGGGGAUGGAGUGUAUCAAAGAGGAAUGGACUUCAUCCUGGACAAGCUGAACUGUGGUGACUGGAUCCAUGUGUUUCCAGAGGGGAAAGUGAAUAUGUCUCAGGAUUGCGUCAGGCUGAAGUGGGGCAUUGGGCGCUUGAUAGCGGAGUGCUCCCUAAAUCCCAUUAUACUUCCUCUGUGGCACGUAGGAAUGAAUGAUGUGCUUCCUAAUGAACCACCAUAUGUCCCUCGCUGGGGGCAGAGAAUCACUGUGCUGGUGGGAAGCCCCUUCAGUCUGGAGUCAGUGCUGAAUAAGCUGAGGGCUGACAACAGAUCAGCUGAGGAGAUGAGGAAGGAGCUGACGGACUAUAUCCAGAUGGAGUUCCACAAGCUCAAAUCCCCGGCUGAGGCUUUGCACCAAUGUUUCCGGCAACAGAGGUGACGGCAGAACCGGAUUCACGGGCUCCAGACACCUGCCUCAUUAUGGAAUUCUGUGGCCCGUGUGCAUUUUGGGGAGCCUCUUCAGGAAACUGCUGCUAACUACUAUAAACCACCCACCUCAUGUGGGGAAGGACUGGUCCAUUGAUGAUAUCAACAUAUAACAGACUGAUACCCCAGUGCGUCGACUCCACAGUGCACUCGCCACUCCCAAAUGUUACAUUUUUAUCAAUUGUAUUUUAAUUUCUUGAAUAAGGCAUUGCCUAGAGCUAAUGAUCAUGUGGGAAUCUGACAGGCCUUGUCUCUGUCUUGCUGGCCAGUACAAAUGGCUCUUCAGCAUGUGCCCAUUGGAUUCCAUGAAGGAAUUAUUUUAGGAUAAAUAAGUUAUGAAUAGGUUUCUAUGGCAGUAAUCUAUAGUGUAUUUACAGUAAGUUAUUGUCAGUGGUUCUUAGUAACCCUCACAGGUUUGGGGGGGAGCCUGUGUUUUUAUAUGUGUAUUUUAUACAAUUUAUUUUCCAAUAAAGAGACUGUGCUGUGUUCUCUCA